CUAUUGUUGGCAUAACUGCGAGGCAAUGAACUCGUAAUUGAAUUACCAAAAUCGAACAAGUAGAGUGAGUGAAUAGAAAACUUUAAUUUAAAUCGGUAAAAAGGAAAAAGGUGAUUGGAUUUUCUUUUUAAAUCUCGUAAAUACAUUGUUUCGUGUUUGGUGAAAGUAUUUCUGACGCACGAUUCUCAAGUCGAACUCGUUAAUUAUUUUUUAGGUGUGGUGCGAGUAUACAUAUUUAUUAGUGAUUCUCUUGUAGCUACUUUCAUACAUUAAACAGGUUAAUUGACAUAUGUCAGAUUUCUUAUUACCAUAUUAGUGACUAAGUGGUAUGAUUAAAAAAGGGAUGAACCGAACGGAAAGUGGUAUCUAACGAUAAUAAAUUAAUUAAAUAAUAAAUUACGUGAAAAUGCGGUGGUAGUGAUGCGUUUAAAAGGAAAGAAUAAUACAAAAUCGUUUCAUAGCGUCUAUAAGGUGCUUUCGCGUAUAUGCCGAACUGCAGAUAAAGGACAGUUUGAUGGUUUCAUGGCGGAUGGUGCAGUGCCACCAAUAAAGAAUGGCCAUAACUGUAAUAACAUGGGUUUCGCGACACAAGUUGUAAAACAAUCCGCUGACGUUUCUAAUAUUGUUUAUGCUGUGGGACAAUAUGCUCCUAAAGUAUUAAGGAAUUUGAAUGCCCAAAGAUUAAAGAAUCAGUUCAGCGAUGUGGGCCUGGUUGCCGGUGGUAGCGUCAUCAGAGCACAUAGAUCGGUCUUAGCGGCAGGAAGUGCAUAUUUCAAUGCUAUGUUCACCGGUGGUCUUGUCGAAGAGCAACAGGAGUUAGUAGAGAUUCAUUCUGUAUCAGCUGAUAUUCUUGCGCUCUUAGUGGAUUUCAUAUACACUGGUAAUGUGGAUAUCACCCAGGACAAUGUUCAAGAAUUAUUUGCAGCUGCUGAUAUGUUAGAGUUGGAUGAAGUUGUAUCUGGUUGCAUUACUUAUUUAAAACAGCAACUUCACUACUCCAAUGCUCUUGGAAUUUAUAGAUUUGCAGAAGCACAUCACAGAUCAGAUCUUUUAGGGAGUGCUCUACGCUUUAUACAAGUCAACUUUCCCCAAGUAUCUCAAGAGGAAGAAUUCUUAGAUUUGCAAAAAGAACAUCUUGUUCAUUUCCUCAGUAGCGAUUAUAUUCAUAUUGAUACUGAAUUUCAGGUCUUCCAAGCUGCAUAUAAUUGGAUUAUCCAUGAUAUACCAACAAGAAGGUGUUACGUAUUUGACGUACUACGUCACGUACGUUUACGCCUGUGUUCAUUAGCAAGAUUGGAGCACAUUAUUUUGGAAUGUAAAGAUGCGAGUCUUAUCGUUGCAUUAAGAUCUAUACAAAAAGAUUUAGUGUCGAAUAAAGGAUGUCUUGUGCCUCUUCAUGCACAACCUAGACUUUGCGCCAAGAAGAAUAUUUUAGUGAUAGGUGGUUCAAGACGCGAACACUCGGACAGUUGGGGCAGAGCAGCUGAAAGCACUUAUGAAACAAUUGAGAAAUAUGACACAUUUACGGGCGAAUGGAGCGAAGUAGCGCCAAUCGGAAUAGGACGUAUAUUACCGGGUGUUGCAUUGCUAGAUGGUAAAGUGUACGUUGUCGGUGGGGAACUUGAAUCAUGCAUCAUUGCCAAUUGUGAAUGUUACGAUCCACGUGAUAAUGUGUGGACUUCGAUUGCCUGUAUGGAGGAACCCCGGUGUGAAUUUGGACUUUGUGCCUUGGAUAAUAACUUAUAUGCAUUUGGCGGUUGGGUGGGCAAAGAUUUCGGCGGAUCGAUAGAAAUAUAUGAUCCGAUAACUAAUUCUUGGACACUGGAUGGACAACUACCAGAACCUCGAUUCAGUAUGGGAGUAGUCGCGUACGAAGGAUUAAUAUACAUAGUGGGUGGUUGUACGCAAGAAAGCAGACAUCGUCAAGAUGUGAUGAGUUAUAAUCCAGUAACUAGAGAAUGGACUUAUUUAGCACCAAUGCUCACACCGCGAUCGCAAAUGGGAAUCACCAUUCUGGAUGGAUACAUUUAUGUUGUCGGUGGUACUAAUAAAAAUCAAGAGGUAUUAACAUCCGUUGAACGAUAUUCCUUCGAAAAGAAUAAAUGGAGUACCGUUGCGCCUAUGAAUAUAGGCAGAUCGUACCCCGCGGUUGCAGCAGCCGAUAGUCGGCUUUAUGUUAUAGGGGGUGAUCAAUCUCAGGAAAUUAAUUUUUAUCGAAUGCAAAUAACAAUUUCCACUGUUGAAUGUUACGAUCCCCGUUCGAACAAAUGGCACGAAUGUGCUUCAUUGCCGACAAGUAGGGGCGAAGCGGCGGCGAUUGUCGCACCUUUUUGAUUGAAAUGUCUUUUCAACGUAAGAAUUUUAUGCAGCGUGUUAAGGAUAUUUUAUAUCACUAUAUAUCCGUAUGCGUUACUUUUCGCAUUCUAGAAUAUUCGAACAUCUACUUAAAAUUGCUUAGUCGUAAAUUAUGAUAUCAAACGAGAAACAUACGUUUUUUGACUAUCGUCUUUUAUGUCGUAUAUACAAAACCAUGAUUUAAACGCAUAUAAGCUAGAAUGUAUUUUUUUAUAGAUCACAAUUGUAAACUAUUUAAACGUCAACGGCAUUUUUCUUUUUUUAACGAACAUAAAAUGCAACAGGAUUUGAGAAGGGAUGUUUCGCUAUAAGAAUAGUACAGUGUUAUUUUCUGUACCCUCAAAUAUUAACUUAAGUACGAUGAUUUUGAAGACGAGUUCGUUAUAUGUAUUUACCGAUGAAAAUAGUACAUUACGACUUUCAGAUGUUUUAAAAACUUAUUAGCAUUACAAUUUUUAUUAAUUUUGUAGUAAUGACUGACAGCCUUCACAUUCUAUAGUCAUUUACCAAAGUUAUUGAGAAUACAAGAUACGAUAAUCUAUUGUAAAUUUUGAUCACGUUACAACGAGUUACAUGGAGAGCAUAUUUCUAUGUAACUUGUACAAAAAAGUCGUUUCUUACAAGGAAUAUCCAUUAAUUACCCCCUUUCUUUCCGAUUUUGGCAAAACGUUGAAUAUUUAUAGCGGUCAAAAAUGAAGGAUGUGUAUUACCGAUUAAAAAUCUAAAAUGAGUAACCGUGAUCAUCCCCUUUAGACGAUAUAGUCUUGCAUACGUAACGCAGACAACAGUGUUUACAAAUGAUUUUUAUUAUUUUCCGUACAAAAACCAUAAUUUGUUUAAAAAACUUCCUUGUAUAUCCAACAGUUUUUGCAAUAAGAUCAGAAGGCUGAAAGUUUAAAGGAUAAUUUUAUUCCUUGAACUUAAAUCACCACUGCUAAAAAAUACGUAUACCUUACUUUUGACCACUCUAGAAAUUUACAAGGUUUCAUAAAUAUCGAGGAAAGAUGCUCGAUGGAGGUUCCUUGUUAAUGCAAAGAAUGCAAGUGAGAUAUACCUAGCUUUCAUCGAGAAUUGUAUAUUAUAAUUACGUGUGCUUGUGAUAUUUAUAAACUUUUGGUUUGAAUUAAUUACUUUUUGUUAUAACCGUG